AUGGCUCCCGGCCCCAGCGGACGCCUCCGCCUGCUGCUGCCGCCGCUGCUGCUGCUACUGCUGCUGCUGCUGCUGACCUGCCUUCCGCCUGCUGGGGCCAACCUGCUGAGUCUGGAAUGGCUGUGGUCCAGUAAGCUCUCCGACUCCCCGGCCACCCUGGUCCCCCGUCCCACACAUGCAGGCCCCCGGCAUGACCCCACAGAGCCAGCACCGCUCUCUGCCAGCCCCGAGCUGCCUAGGGAACACCAAGGGCCUGGCCGGCCUGGGGCCUCCGCCCCCCCCACGGCCCUGGCCACCCCGGCCGCGAGCUCCGACACGAAGGAGGAGAACAUUGCCGGCGUCGGAGCCAAGAUCUUGAAUGUCGCUGAGGGCAUCCGGAGCUUCGUCCAGCUGUGGGAUGAUGCCACUCCUACCCCGAACUCGGCUGUGGCGGACCCCCCCACCCACACAGGGCUCUCCAGCAACCCCCAGGACAGCAGGACUACUCUCUGGCCAAGCAGUGGAGCUCUGGGCUCACCGGACACCCAGAGCCCCGAGGCCAGCACCCUGGCUGUGCCCACCCAGCCGUCUCCCUCUUGGAGCAGGACCCAGGCACCCCAGAGGGGUUCCACAGCACCGCCGGUACCCACAGAGAGCGCUGUCGAGGAAGUGGAGCUCCUGCAGCUCCUCAGGGAGCCCCUGCCCCCGCAGAUCACCCCCAUCGAGGACCCCGACGUGGGGCCCGCUUACAACUUUGGACCGGGCGCCAACAGUGGACAGGGUGCGCAGAGCCACUUCCCCAGACUCUUCUUCCGAGACUUCUCGCUGCUGUUCCACAUCCGGCCGGCCACGGCGGGCCCGGGCGUGCUGCUCGCCAUCACGGACGCAGCACAGGCCCUGGUGUCGCUGGGCGUGAAGCUGUCAGAGGUGCAGGGCGGGUACCAGAACGUCUCCCUGCUCUACACUGAGCCGGGCGCUGCGCAGACCCACGUGGCUGCAAGCUUCCGCCUGCCUGCACUUGUCGGCCGGUGGACUCGCUUUGCGCUCAGUGUGGACGGUGGCACCGUGGCUCUCUACUUGGACUGCGAUGAGUUUCAGAGGGUGCCAUUUGCAAGGUCGUCACCGGGCCUGGAGCUGGGGCACGGAGCUGGCCUAUUCCUGGGUCAGGCUGGAGGAGCAGACGCUGACAAGUUCCAGGGGGCGAUUGCAGAGCUGAGGGUGCGUGGAGACCCCAAGGUGAACCUUCGGCACUGCCUGGAUGAAGAAGACGAUGAUGAGGAUGGGGCAUCUGGAGACUUUGGAAGUGGCCUGGAGGAUGGCCAUAGGCCCCAUGGAGAGGACACGGACACACCCCUGCAGCCCGGCCUGCCCCUGCCUUCCCCAGCCUCCCUCCCACCCUUGGCCGGAGGGAGCCCCAUGGAGAGUUCCAGAACUGAAGAAACAGAGGACGAAAUCAUGGUGGAUUCUUUCGGAGCUCCAACCCUUCCUGACUCAGAAUCAGCUGGGGUGUGGGACAGAGGCGUCCAGAGCCCUGAAGGCGGCCUGGAGACGGGAGUCCUGAGCAGGCAGGAGGAGGAGUCUGGUGUUCCGGGCCCCGGCCCAGUGGUGCAGGGCUCUGACCUUCAACCUGUCCCUGUGGCACAAGGACCCCCGGGCCCCCCAGGACUCCCAGGGAAGGAUGGCUCCCCAGGACAGGAUGGCAAGCCCGGCGACCCUGGGGAAGACGGAAAGCCUGGGGAUGCGGGGCCACAGGGCUUCCCGGGGACCCCAGGAGAUGUCGGCCCCAAGGGUGAGAAGGGAGACCCCGGCGUUGGGCCAAGAGGACCUCCCGGACCCCGAGGACCUCCUGGGCCUCCGGGACCCCCCUUCAGACAGGACAAGCUGACGUUCAUCGACAUGGAGGGCUCCGGCUUCAGUGGGGAUCUGGAGCCGCUCAGGGGUCCCCGAGGCUUCCCAGGUCCUCCAGGACCCCCCGGCGUCCCGGGCCUGCCAGGAGAGCCAGGCCGCUUUGGAGUCAACAGCUCACACGUGCCAGGACCAGCUGGCCUUCCUGGCGUGCCUGGGAGGGAUGGGCGCCCCGGGCCCCCCGGCGUCCAGGGUCCCCCGGGGCCUCCCGGAAGGGAGGGGCCCCCCGGAGCAGCAGGCCAGAAGGGCAGCAUCGGUGACGUCGGCGCCCCAGGACCUAAGGGAAGCAAGGGAGACCCCGGCCCCAUGGGUGCACCUGGAGAGAGUGGCUCAGCCGGGUCCCCGGGGACACCGGGACCUCGAGGACCUCCGGGCCCCCCCGGGCCCCCGGGACCAGGAGUGCCUGCUGGAUUUGAUGACAUGGAGGCGUCUGGGAUGCUGCUCUGGUCCACCGCUCGAGGUGCCGCUGGCCCACAGGGCCUGCCUGGUGUGCCAGGACUCCCGGGGGAUCCAGGAGCGAUGGGGCCUCCAGGAGCUAAGGGAGAAGCUGGGGUGGAUGGAGCCCGAGGAUUCCCUGGCCUUCCUGGCAGAGAGGGCUCAGCAGGGCCCCUGGGACCAAAAGGGGACAAAGGGAGCCAGGGAGACAAGGGCGAUCCAGGGAAGGACGGAAUCGGGCAGCCAGGCCUUCCUGGACCCCCAGGACCCCCGGGGCCUGUGGUCUAUGUGUCGGAUCAGGACGGGCAGCCAGUAGUGGCAGGUGUGGCAGGACCUGAGGGCAGAACUGGGCACGCAGGCUUGAGGGGACCCACUGGACCCAAGGGUGACCUGGGCUCCAAAGGCGAGCAGGGCCUCCCGGGCCCCAAGGGGGAGAAGGGGGAGCCGGGUGGCUUCUACGGCGCGGAUGGCAGAGCCCUGGGCCCUGCCCAGAAAGGAGCCAAGGGAGAGCCAGGCUUCCGAGGACCCCCGGGUCCCUACGGGCGGCCCGGACACAAGGGCGAGAUCGGCAUUCCUGGAAGGCCGGGUCGGCCUGGGGUGAAUGGAUUGAAGGGCGAGAAGGGAGAGCCCGGAGACACCAGCCAGGGACUCGGCAUGAGGGGAAUGCCUGGGCCGCCGGGCCCUCCGGGGCCCCCAGGCCCUCCUGGGGUGCCGGUCUACGACAGCAACGCAUUCAUGGAGGCUGGCCGCCCUGGGCCCAAAGGACUGCAAGGGGCACAGGGGCCAUCUGGGCCGAAGGGUGACAAAGGAGAAGUGGGUCCCCCGGGACCCCCAGGCCAGUUUCCCUUGGACUUCCUUCACUUGGAAGCUGAAAUGAAGGGGGAGAAGGGCGACCGCGGGGACGCCGGACAGAAGGGCGAGCGGGGCGAACCUGGGCCCAGCGGGGGCUUCUUCGGCUCCAGCGUGCCCGGCCCCCCCGGGCCCCCCGGCCCCCCCGGCUACCCCGGCAUUCCGGGUCCAAAAGGAGAGAGCAUCCGGGGCCAGCCCGGCCCGCCCGGACCCCAGGGACCUCCCGGCAUUGGCUACGAGGGGCGCCAGGGCCCCCCUGGGCCCCCAGGCCCUCCGGGGCCCCCCUCAUUCCCCGGCCCUCACAGACAGACUGUCAGUGUGCCCGGUCCCCCAGGCCCACCCGGUCCCCCGGGGCCCCCUGGAGCCAUGGGGGCCUCCUCAGGGGUGAGGAUCUGGGCCACGUACCGGACCAUGCUGGACAGAGUGCGCGAGGUGCCCGAGGGCUGGCUCAUCUUCGUGGCGGAGAGGGAAGAGCUCUACGUCCGGGUCCGAAACGGGUUCCGGAAGGUCCUGCUGGGGGCCCAGACGUCACUCCCGCCAGCGUCGGGUAACGAGGUGGCGGCCGUGCAGCCUCCUGUGGUGCAGCUACAUGAGGGUGGCCCGUACGCCCGGAGGGAGCACACGCACGCCACAGAGCGGCCCUGGCGGGCAGACGGCGUCCUGGCGGUCCCUCCGCGCCUGCCAGACCCCCAGGCGUACCCUGGCGUCCCACACCACCACCACCACAGCCACCACAGCUCCUACAUGCACCUCCGGCCAGCCCACCCCACCAGCUCACCUGCCCACACCCACCAGGACUUCCAGCCGGUGCUCCACCUGAUCGCGCUCAACAGCCCCCUGCCGGGCGGCAUGCGUGGCAUCCGAGGGGCCGACCUCCAGUGCUUCCAGCAAGCGCGGGCCGCGGGGCUGCCCGGCACCUUCCGUGCCUUCCUGUCCUCCCGGCUGCAGGACUUGUACAGCAUCGUGCGUCGCGCUGACCGCGGGGCAGUGCCCAUUGUCAACCUCAAGGACGAAGUGCUGGCCCCCAGCUGGGAGGCCCUGUUCUCGGGCUCCCAGGGCCAGCUGCAGCCUGGGGCCCGCAUCUUCUCUUUCGAUGGCAGGGACGUUCUGAGACACCCCUCCUGGCCUCAGAAGAGCGUGUGGCACGGCUCGGACCCCAAUGGGCGCAGGCUGACCGAGAGCUACUGUGAGACGUGGCGCACAGAGACCGCCUCGGCCACGGGCCAGGCCUCCCCUCUGCUGGCAGGCAGGCUGCUGGAGCAGAAGGCCGCCGGCUGCCACAACCCCUACGUCGUCCUCUGCAUCGAGAACAGCUUCAUGACCUCUGCCUCCAAGUAGGGCCUCUCCCGGCCGAGACGCUGGAAGGGCAGUGGUCAAAAGGGCAGGACAGGGCAGCCCCGAGGACAUGACCGGGUCCUCUCCUAUAUAGUUCCCAUUUCAUGUAAUCCUCAAGAAAUAAAAAAAAAGCCAAAGAAUAUAUUUUUUAGAAAGUUUAAAAAAACAGAGAGUCUGAUGCCAAGACUUCCUGUCCUCCCCCUGUGGCACGGUGGCCCUCCACUCUAGACCUCAGCUGAAGUCAGCAAGAGGCCAACUCAGGACUCUGCCGAGCCGGCGGGCUGCCCGGGUCCUCGGGGCAAGGAAGGGGCAGACUGCUCUGCCUGGUGCCUUUCUAUAUACAAACUCAGGUCGGUGCUGAGGGUGGACAGGCCGGUCAGAGGCAGUGGGGCUUCUCUGGCCACGUAGCAGCACAGGCCUUUCUCACCCAGGGGCCUGGGCCGUGCCCCCUCCAUACCCACCCCGUCCAGCCAGCCCAGCCGGGGCCGGCCCAGAGCCGGUGUGACCUGUGAAACCCACCUUCAGGCUCUUGAGACUGUCUUCCCAGGGACCCACAAGGUCAGGUCAGACCAGGGCCUGCCCCAAGCCGAGCUGGAGCAGGGCACAGGUCAGGCCGCGGCAGCCUUCCGUCCCUGAGCCCAAGCCCAGGGCUCCUUUCUGCAGUGAAGUCCAGACUUGGCAUCUUCACAGAGGUCUGGAGGACCGUGUGCGGGGCCACCCAGGCUGCCCGCAGUCUAGGCACGGCGGUGAAACCAGCAUUGCUGGUCCUACAACUGUGAUGUGAAGCCACUUCCAAUAAAAAUGGACCGUUUACACAGA